UUAUAAUGGUCAUUCUCUCUCCUUUUUUCUAUGUCUUCUUUCUACUGUUACCUUUAAAAAUGCACUUUUUUUAUUCAAGAGAGGGAUGGAAUUUUUGUGAGGAAUUUUCUUUUUGGUUUUUGAUUAUUGACUCAUCUAGGGAUUAUUUAGUGUUUAAAUUGGGGAGGGAAUUCCUUUCAUUUUAAUUCACAUUUUUGAAAUUUCAGAAAAAAAUUUUUAAUUUAACUAUUUUUGGCAUAAUGUUUAUGUAGGCGGAAUUUGGGAAUUUCGAAUUUGGGAAUUUAUUUUUUAUAAUGGCAGGAUCCUUGUUUUCCAAGGGUGUGCUCUUUCGCUUUUUAAAAUCUGUAAUUUUGGACUCAUAAUUUUCGG